AUGAAGAGGCCUAUGUCGAUGGGAUCCUUAGAGGGAAGAACUGUGAUAGAACUUGAAGAAGCCAGCCUACUUAAUCCUUCUUCAUUUCCUAGAAAAAAUCUAUCCUUUGAAGAGGAUUCACCAAUUGAUCAGGACUGUGAGAAGUUCUCACAAGAUGUAAUCAGAAGUAAGGUGCUAAGUAGCAUUAAAGUGGUAGUCCUCUCCACCAAGAUAACCUUACUCAUGCCUUUUGGCCCCAUGGCAAUUUUGGUAGACAAAUUGUUUGAUAGUCAUGGUUUGGUCUUUCUUUUCAGCUUAUUAGGCAUUAUACCCUUGGCAGAGCGUUUAGGCUAUACAACAGAGCAACUAGCUUUCUUCACUGGACCUGCAGUUGGUGGUCUUUUAUAUGCCACAUUUGGAAAUGCAACAGAGUUAAUUAUCUCAAUUCACGCCCUCAAAAGUGGCUUAAUUCGUCUUGUUCAACAAUCACUACUAGGCUCAAUUUUGUCGAACCUGUUGUUACAGAAAUUGACCUUCUGUAAUCAUCAGGCAGAUGCUCCUGUGGAUUUUGGAUUACUAUUGAUGGCAGUAAUGGGCCUGUUACUUCCAGCUGUCCUCCAAGCUACAAACACAGAAUUAGAACAUGAGAAAUCUGAGUUAACUCUUUCAAGAUUUACUAGUUGCAUUAUGCUUCUGGCUUAUGCUUCCUAUAUAGUGUUUCAAGUGAAGAGUCAGAAGAAUUUACAAGUCCCAGUUCAUGAGGAUACGGGUCUCAAUGAAGAGACUUCAGAUGAUGCAGAAGCUCCUGAGAUUUCUAUGAGGGAAUCAAUGAUAUGGCUGUCAAUCUUAACAGGAGGUAUAUCGGUCCUGUCAGAAUACUUGGUUAACACUAUAGAGGGGGCAUCGAAAGAGUUUAAAAUGCCUGUGGCAUUUCUUAGUGUUAUUCUUCUCCCUGUAGUUGGGAAUGCUGCAGAACAUGUUGGAGCAAUCGUGUUUGCUGUCAAAGACAAACUCGACAUAUCUAUGGGAGUAGCUGUAGGGUCUUCAAUACAAAUAUCAAUGUUCGUGAUUCCUUUUUGUGUGGUUGUUGGAUGGAUGAUUGAGUGCCCUAUGGACUUGAAUUUUCAACCUUUCGAGACAACUUCCCUUUUCAUGACUGUUAUCAUAGUUGCCUUCAUGUUGCACAAUGGAACUUCGAACUACUUCAAAGGAAUAAUGCUCAUUCUUUGCUAUUUGAUAGUUUCUGCAAGUUUUUUUGUACAUACUGAUCCUAUAUCAGUUGGUUCUGUUGUACCACUUCUAAAAUUGGAAGUCGCAACUUGA